AUGGAGAAAGGAACAGGCGGCAACGACGAAGAGAUGAGGAAUGAGUCGGAGGACGAGGUCAGAGGCGAGACGAGAGACGAGAGAAGAGAGACGGCGAAAAGAAGAGGAUGGAGGCUGCAGCCGCUUAGGAAUUGGAUCAAGAGGAUGAUGAAGAAGGCUCGACAAAAGGGGAGGAGGAGAGGCGCGGUGGGGAUCGAAAGAAGCAGAGAGCAGAAGCCCAAGAAGCAGGAGAGGAAGCAUGGACAAAUUAUGCACUAA